GCGAACGCACGGAAAGUGCUGAGAUCGCUUAACCUUCGGUUUCUAUUCCUUCACACAAGUUCGGUUUUUGUGUGGCUACUGGUGUGGUUUUCCCUGGCGUGGGAGUGAGUAUUUGAACGAAUUCGGCGAACGCAAAUGAUAGCCAGACCUCGAGUGUAUCGAAUUGAUUUGUCUGCUACAGUUUGAUACGUUCGCCGCAAUAAAGGGGGAAUAAAGCGUUAACUCCGGAACGGGGGUGGGGAAGCGUGGUGUUUUUCCCACGCUUCAUAAUCCGGUACCACAACCGACGCCAAUUAAGACUGUGUCCGUUAGGAGUGGCACAGCGCAGCGGAACAAUUUAUUAGGAACAAAAAGUGACGAAGAUGAACAGUGUUUAAAGAAGAGUGAAAAUUAGUUUCGAUGGGCGAGCAAAUAGUGAACAUGCACAGUAGUGACCAUGGCAUGCAACGGCCGGUGGUACAGUAGGCGAAGACGGCAUGGCACUUUAUGCCCGUAUGUCCUGUGUAAACGAUGGUAGUGCGAAUCCCGACCGGCAAUGAUGGUGAUAACGAUGAAAAAUUGCAUUUGCCUCUGGAAACUGUGUCUAGCAUAACGGGGAAGCUUUUAGAGUAGUAGCUAAUAGCACGGCCGACGCAACGGAAGUUGAUUUUGCGAAACAAAACUAUGCAAGAUAGUUGGGAAUAAUUGUGUUUUGGGCCGGGAACGCAUGGUGGUUUGUAGCACAUUUGCAGUCGGAGUAGGCUUUAAUAUACUGGCUGGAGCCGAUCAGAUGAGUUAGUAUGUGAUGACACACCGCAUGCUAUUUCCGUGUAAUGUCCAUCAAAAUAACACAUCAGUGACAAGCAGUGGUCGCAGCAAACAUAAAAAUAACCAUUAGUUCGCAUAUAGGAACGACGUUUUCUUUUUUCUGCUAAGCUUGAGAAAGUAAACCGCGUUAAAAGUGUGAAGUAAAAUUGUUGUUUUACGUAGAAAAAGAUUGAUCUUAACCAGAGCAAAACAUCAGCUGAGGAGUAAAAUGAGGUGAAAACAUCAAGCGUUGAGUGUGUGCCGACUUCCCAAAUAGCGCAUUGGACGCGGAGUGAUUUUUUUUUGCAAUACCACAGACGGUAUAGGUAUUAUUUUUACGGAUAAGACGAUCAACGCGCAAUAACGAAUCAGAAAAUCACGGCCAACUGCAAUCACGAUCCGGGAAUCGACAGGCAAACAACAGGGGUCAGCCAACACGGUACGGCACGAGGGAUCAAGUGCUAUUGCUCGAUAACCGACAAUUCGAUCUCUUAAGAAAGUCACCAUUAUCACCAACGGCAAUGACAAGGACUACUACAAUCAGCUUCCGUGCGUGGGCAACCGUUGGUAUGUAGUAAGCCAUUGAAUAGCAAGAACGAAUCAGCGCCUACUGAUGCUGUAACUGGCUGUGGCAUUUGUUACCAAACGGACCGUACUUCAAAGCGGUUAUUUUGGUGGUUUUGUGCACCGUACUUGCAGUGAGAAUAAUGUUUAGAGAAUGGCAAUUGUAUCAGUGAUACCGGUGGCCAACAUUACACACUCCAGUGACAAUGGAAAUGGGACGGCGAAUGGAACUGCCGGCGGAAGCGGUGGCAUUGGUGACGGAGAGGGAUCAGUCGGUGGCUGUCCCCGGCCUGAUGACACACUGUACCCGAGUAUGUUUGGAAUUGACCUGGCGGUACCGCAGUGGGAAGCGAUUGCAACCGCGCUGGUACUGACGCUCAUCAUCAUCAUCACCAUCGUCGGUAACGUGCUGGUGAUUUUGAGUGUGUUUACGUACAAACCGCUCCGGAUAGUACAAAACUUCUUCAUUGUAUCACUGGCUGUGGCCGAUCUGACUGUGGCCAUCCUCGUGCUGCCCUUUAAUGUGGCCUACUCGAUAUUGGGCCGAUGGGAGUUCGGUAUCCACGUCUGUAAGAUGUGGCUUACUUCCGACGUUCUUUGCUGUACGGCUUCUAUACUAAACUUGUGUGCCAUAGCACUAGAUAGGUACUGGGCUAUAACCGAUCCGAUUAAUUACGCCCAGAAACGUACCCUGGAGCGAGUACUGGCAUUGAUUGCCGGUGUGUGGAUAUUGUCGCUGGUAAUCAGUUCGCCUCCCUUGAUCGGCUGGAAUGACUGGCCGGAGGAAUUUUCCAGCGAAUUCCCAUGUCAAUUAACGAGCAAUCAGGGCUACGUCAUCUACUCAUCGCUCGGGUCGUUCUACAUCCCGCUGGUCAUAAUGACAAUUGUGUACAUCGAAAUCUAUAUAGCGACCCGGCGACGUCUCCGGGAAAGAGCUCAGGCUUCCAAGAUAAACACCCUGGCCAGUAAAAGCAUCGGGGUGAUAGGCGAUAAAGAACUGGGCACGGCCCAACAUCAUCCACCGGAUCGGGAAUCAAUCAGCAGUGAAACGAACCACAACGAACAUCCAAACAAUAGUACCAGCAGCAGCAGCACCGACCACAGAUCCCAGCGGAAACGGAAGAAGAAAGCAAAGGAGAAAAAGGAAGCCAAAGAGGCGGCUAAGCGUGCCAAACAGGCGGCGGAGACUCAACUCCGAAUGGCUCUACGGGACGAGGAUUCCGUCACGGAGUAUCCGGAAAAUUCGUCCAUGGGUAAAGCAAACUGUGAUAUCAAAUUGGGCACCGAUCCGAACGGGAUCGCGGCGACUGAUGCGGACGCAGCGGAUGAUGGUGCAACUAAUCCAACUAUCGCUAAUACCACCACCAACACCACCACCAACGGCAGCGGAACCGUUGGCGAUACAACGUCCAAAAAAGCGCUGGUUGCCCGGGGACACAUGAAACAAUCGUUCCGGAAGGCUGGUGGCCUUAAUCAAUUUAUCGAGGAGAAACAGAAAAUCUCCCUGUCGAAGGAACGGCGGGCAGCGCGAACGCUCGGCAUCAUCAUGGGAGUGUUUGUGGUUUGCUGGUUGCCCUUCUUCCUCAUGUACGUGAUCCUACCGUUUUGUCCAACGUGCUGUCCGACAAAUAAGUUAAUUAAUUUCAUCACAUGGCUCGGUUAUAUCAACUCUGCUCUAAAUCCUAUUAUUUACACAAUAUUCAAUUUAGAUUAUAGGCGUGCAUUCAAACGGCUGUUGGGAAUCAAACCGUAGCUAGGAGAUGUACAAUGGGGAUAACUACCCGUACAAAGAAAAUCUAUGUUUCUGUCUGGUAAGAUAAAUCGCUGCAGCAGUAGGCUGUGAUUGCCUGCUCGGGGAUGACACACAUGCUCUUGCUUUUUUUUUACCAUUAGAACUAUCCAAGAUAGAUCUAGACACAUCGAACAAACUGCCAAAGGCCUACGAUAGUUAAAUCUGAUUAUUUCUUCACAAAAUCCAUCGGCAAUCAUACGCCACUUGCACAAAGCUAAUUGAAUUUGCAAAACAAGAUUCACAGAUUGGAUUUCGUCUCUUCGGAACACGAGCAAACACUGAAAUUGAAAAGUUCCCACGCAAACAAGUUACAAAAUCGAAGCCUCCUACGAUCGAGUCAAAUUCAACCGCACACAUUGGAUUGAAUCUCCCAAAGAAGAGCCAGAACCGACAAAUAAUUUUUCUCUUAGCCCUCCAGUCAGGAGAAAACAUAUUGCGUGCGUUCAAUUUUCCGCCUUCAAGGCAAACAGUAGAAACAAGCUUCAAACGCCAUGUCUAGCACACAACAAAUCAACAGGCCGUAGCCCCCCCCUGGAAAAUGACAAACCGUUUCAAUAUUUGCUUUGCAUACGCAAAUGGGAGAAAAUGAUUUGUCCCGCAGUUCUUUGCUUUGAUGGCGGCUGCUGUGUUGUUGGGGACGGUUAAUGGAUGAAAUUGAUAUACUCUCGUUCGUUUUUUGGCAUUCUCGAGGGAAAUUAUUUACAUCAUUGACUGGGGAGUGGGGAGGGAGUUGUUUGUUUAAGUUUCAUCUCUGAGCAGAAAGUUGCCCACCCUAAGCACUUAGUGACCAAUCUCAGUUGGCGGGCGCGUUUCCAGAGCAGUAAGAGUCCCCUGAAUUUUGAUACGUUUCAUCAAUGAGGGAAACUUCUUAAAAUCUUAAGACGAAAACAGUUAGAAUUCAACGGAAAGGUUCAUUCAAGGAUAUCGAUUUCAAAAGAUAGAAAUUUUAUAUGAAUAUGGGUAAUCUGUAAACUGUAUCUGUAAUAAACGUAGAAUGGCGCACACUAUUUUUUGAGCAGCUCUAUUUUUCUGUGCUUGAUAAUUUCUUUUUUUUUCUUCUAAUUUAUUUGACACGGCUUAAUGCGUUAGAAUAACGUUUUUUACAGAAUGUUAAAAUAAAAAAGUAACUAAGUAACAGCCUGUCCGACGGAUCUUGCUGACGCAGCUUGCUAUUGCGUGUUGAGAUCCUUUUUCUUGGCGGUGAUGCACUAUUUGCGUUAUCCUCUGCAACUCAGGGGUCAGUUCGUCUGCCUUCAACUCCUGAUGUCGUUCACGUCCAUGACGUCAUCAGUACUGCUUUCAUGCUGUUCAUUGUCGGAAGUUCUAGUUUGUUUCUUGUUCCUACAGGACGCUGUUGUAAAUCCGUCUUCAUUGGCAUUUGAUUCUUUAUAGGUGGUAUUGGUUGUUGGGUUGGACACAUUUCAUGCGCUUUUUGCUAAAGCAGUUGGUUAGUUUAGCCUACCCGAUCCGCAGUCGUUAGUUUAGCCUACGACGACCGUGUAUCGGUCUGGCCUAUAAUAGAUAGAAUUUCCCUAGCAGCGCAAUGCGUUCCAUGGUGUAGCGUCUGAUCACAGAAUUGGCACGUAGGAAUCUGCCCUGGAUACGUGACUAAUGUUCGCUGACUAUAUGAUACACCUUGGUAUGACUUGAAUCGGAUGGUCAGGGAGGAGGGGAUAGCUUUUGUCGGGCGCCAGGUACGUAGCAAGAGGAGGGGCUAAGGGGCUAAAGCCCCCCCCCCCCCGAAAUGUUUCGAGAAUACAUUACAAAAACAUGAUUAUCAACGACUUAACAAUUUCGUAACUCGUUUGGUGUGAACAAAUCAGAAAUAGUUAAAGAAGAUUGUUGUUUUCAACAAUCAAAAACAACGGUCACGAAACUCAGUGUGGUUUAUGGUUCUGCCCGAGCCAGUGCAAAUCGAACGACAAAAAUAGUUACUUUUAUAUUGUGUGCCUUGUCUGAAGAACAAGGGAAUCUGCUGCUAUACUUCUUGCCCUGGUAAUCUGUCUAGAUGAGUAAGUCGGAGAAGCAAGAAGUGGUACUUCGGCCAAAUACUGUAAUUAUUGUUGACUCGCAUAAGACCGAGUAUUCGUGAUGGGGAAAAUUUUCUGAAGGUGCGCCCAUCGCGUUCAACAAAUUGGCCCAGGCUAACCCAUUCAUUUUGAAUAAUUUAAAACACUUCGUUGUGUGUGACAAUGCUUUAAUUAAGAGCUUGAUAUAUAUGGGCGGCGAGAAAAUCAAUGUUCGGUUACAAGAUCGGAUACCGCUCAUUUGGGAGAAAUGCAAUACAAAACAUAAUGCUAUAGUAAAAUCACACAUAGUAUUCUUUGUACAUAUCAAGGACAAACUAUUACGUUCUAGUUUUGUAAUAACGGCACAUUAUGGUUUACCUUGAUCAGAAACCGCUGAUCACCAAAAAUAUUACAUUUGUGGCACCUGUUCAGUUGCAACGGCAAAAGCUGCAUCAAGUAUCUCAAAACCUACAGCCAGUAAAUUACUGAGGAAAUUCACUCAUCUGUUCGCGAACAUAAAGGCAGCAAACACUAUGAUGACACGGAAGGGUUAAAUAUCGAGAUAGAUAUGAACGACCCCCUUUACGCUGUUUGUGAGGAUACAAUAUUCCCACGCCCCUUCACGUGCAGUGCCUACGAGCUUGAACGAGAUCUGCUGGACAACCACUAAAACUAGUUUUAUUAGCCGAAACGACAAGCUUUAUUUUUGCGUAAUUUUAGCGCAAUAUCAUUUUUAUUGACAUUUAAUUUUAUUUGCAUGCAUUCGUUCCGUAUUAAAACACUGCGCCUAAAAUGUUGUGACUGGUUGAAUCUAUAAGUCCAUUAAAUUCGAUUUCAUAUCUUUGGUAGAGUAGAAUACGGUCAAUUAGGUAUGGGGGUACAAUAGGUAUAGGGCUAAUAAUAUAAUGUAGGGAUCUACAAAUAAUGUAGCAAAGAUAAAAUUACAUCCUUGCAGAGGUUGCUCAUUUUGUGUGAAUUAGAUACACGGUAGAGAACAUCUUUGACGACAGUCAUAUCGGCUGUUACCAUGGAUCAGCUGUAUUAGUUACGGCCUCGUUUAUGUUUUCGCAUGUUGUUCUGCGAAAACGCAUUGUCUUUCGUCCUCAGUACAGUACAUUUAAUCAAUGUAAAAAAAUGUCAAGUGGGUUUUUUCUUACGUAAAAAUUAAUGCUGAACACGAGUAUUGUGUCAGUUUCUUGAUAUUUUGUUUUUGAACAAAAAUACGGACAUCAACAUGAAACAUACGCUUGGGGGCACAACAGAUCAACCGUUUGGGGCACUAUAGGUCACUACUGAUCGUCUCACAGUUAAACAACCAAGUGAGCCGAAAUUAACAACUUCAAUUACACACUCUGGCGACGACGACGACACCGAAGAGCUCAAAAGUACAAAGCCAGACGCAGCUGCCGAAAGAACAUAUUUUUUCAACAUUUCCUUUCGCAGUUUCAUGAUUGUUCACAUCAUUUGCAACAUCUCAUUUUCUUACCUAAAUGACGUAAAUUUAAGUUUUAAAUAACCUGCAGUACUUAUUCCCUUCAAAUAAAAGUUAAACCGUUGAUUUUCUAGGCGUGUAAAUUGUUUAAUUUUACCUCGAAUAUAGAGUGACCUACCGUACCCCCACAUUUUAAAAACAUCGAAAAAAGUACCUUCGUCUUAUUGGAUUUAGCUUGAAAAAUAUUUAGCCAAGCGUAAAACCAUUAUUGCCAAAACGUUGCCAGAUUUAUAACAUUUCCAACGAGUGCUUGUCAGUCAAAAUCAGCGCAAAAGUACCAUCGCACCAGCUUGCCAAAGAAAACUGACCUACUUGACCACACUCUACUCUAUAUGGCAGUCUCUUGAUCUGUUUUUGUUCGUUUUGGAAUAAAAUGAGAGAAAUAAUCAGAAAUCACGGAGGAGAAAAAGAGAAUCAGCUAAUCUAAGUCGCCUCAAGAGCAUUUCUUCCAUCUUUUCUAUGCACUCAGAACCAGAGUUAAAAAUAAUCGAAGCUCUUUUUUGACGGCUGAAAAUGAACCUGUUGCGACUCGCGGUGAAUAGCAAAAAUAUUCAUUCAACUAUCCAUCUUAUCCAUUCAGUUGAAUAUCGUACAAUAUAUUCAUUUCACUAAUUAUCUAGAAAAAUGUUUUCAAAUGCCGAUAAAGCAUAUGAAACAACAAUCAUCAUCGCUUACAUUGUGCCAGGGCCUACUUUGAUGCAUUCGAUUCGUUACUGCACGGUCGCAUCGUGUAAUAAUCGGAGACGAAUGAAAAUCUGCAUGGAUGAAUGGGCGGUUUAUUCGUUUGACGUUUAGCUGCGUCACUGAAUAUUGAAAAUGAAUGCGGCUGAAUAUGAUCAAUUUUCAUUCAAUGAAUUUGAAUAUUUUUAACUCUGCUCAGAACGAGUGCUGUCGGAAUUGCGCUCUAAUCCGCUCAAUUCGGUGUGAAAAAAUGGCAAAGAGGCGAAUGACUUUAAGGUUAAACAGGUUAAACCUCUAUAAUCAAAAAAAUAAAUAAUUGAAAUUGUUUCCUAAAUUUUGGUAAUUAAAAAGCAUUAUAGCUUUUUUCAAAAAUUCAUGCGUCUUUUCCAAUCUCAAUGAUUGUAAAUUAAAACUAAUUACUGAGCAGAUUGUGAUAACAUAUUUGAAUUUACUUAGAAAGUGCAACUGCAACCAUCAUAGCAAAUCCAACUGCCAGAAGGAACUAGACAGUAAGCCAUGCAUACUGAGGCUGACAAAAAAUUUGCAAAAGAUUCACAGGAAUCGGUUAAAUUGCAGUAAUUUAAAAAUAGAGAAAUCUAAAAGAAAGUCUCUUCGGCACAGGAGAAGCAAGUGCGAUGUGUUCUUUUUGAAGCAAGCAAGUCUGAUGCUAAAAUUAAAGAACUCACCCAUAUUUAUAGUUUCUAGUUAUUUUAGUGGUGUCAUCAAUGUUACAUUUAACAAAACUUACGUGAAUUAGAAGAUAACAGUAAUCAGUACUGAGGGAUUUCCUUCCGAUUAGUGAACAGUCUUUUAAUAGAUAAAAUUCCGGACUAAAGGACUGGCACAUAUUUUUUGUAUUGUUCAAAAAUUCAUGAAUUCUGAAAUAAAUAAAUAAAUAACCUUUUCGCACUUGUCUGAUAAUAUUACCGAAAAUCGUCUUUAAUGUAUUUAUAUUAUUGAAAAUAAUAUAAAUAAGCCAUUUCUACAAAUCGCCUGCCCGAUCAGAAGACUUGUAGUGAAUUUCGACAUUCUCUUGUAUUUGUAUUUAAAUAAUUGAAGUGCAACUGACACUGAGUCUUAAUGAACUAAAUUAAAAAGAAAUGACCUAAAAUGGCAACAAACGGUUACGAAACUGAAUCACGAAGUCGAAGAUGUCGAUAUAAUCGUUGAAGCACACGGGUUGGUGCGUAUAGGUUAAUUUUUGAUGGGAUAUCGGGAACAUCAUAUUCAGUCAGAAGAAACUUCACGACACGAAGGUAGCCUGCGACGCGUGUGUACGAUAUUCUAAAGUAUCCUAAUAAUCGACAACGGCCUUCGUAUGUUGGCAGGUUUAGCGGAUCGUUCGAAGGCAAUUGACGUAGCGCAUAUCGUAUGAAUCUGCGCUGGACAGCUUUAAUUCUUUGGCUCCAAGUUGCAUGAUAGGGGCACCCGUGUAAUCUGACCUUCAUAGUUGGAAGACGUUGUUUGAGGAUUAAGGGUGCUUCCAUCAAGAAGGAGGGAUGUUUGGGUACGGUGUCUUAAACGUCCAUUAUUCGAACGUUAUGUAGUGUAGCAAAAAUUUCAUCGCACAUACUCCACAAUGUGGAACCAUAAACGCAGCGCACUGCUGAUUAUAAUUUCUGGAAUACUUUAUGUAGUUUACACAUGGUCAGUUACACUGAAUCGUGUUGUUCCUGGUAUAAUAUGGAGUCGACUUAUGACUUUGGAAAAAAACACAUUUUUUUUUUAAUGAAUAUUCUUCACUCACAUACUGAUAGAAUAUAUUCGUAAAUCACUAGGAAUUAGAUUCGUACAGAAAAUAUUCAUAAAAUAUACGAAUUUUUCGUACAUAUAAUGAAUCGUUCGUAUUUCUACUGAAACACUUUAAUUUUUUAUUACGAGUUUUUCGUGAAAACCACGAAACGACUUUCGUUGGCUUUAUACGAAACAGCUUCAUUCGGCAAACGAAUUGUUCGUUGCUAUAUACGAAUAUCUUUGUAAUAUUUACGAACACCAUUCGUCAAACCGUCAACAUCAAAAGAGCUUCAAUAUGGAGUCAUUGUUGCUAUACGUCAGAUGAUUGUCGAUCAUCACUACGGUCUCGGUCUGACUAUUUAGUAGCCAUAUCGGUGUCCGCCGGUUUCAGGAAGAUUUCCUUAAACUCUUUCUAUUGAGUUGAGCCAUCGCGAACUGCUCGUUGGUUUUGAAUGAAGAAGUUUGAGUUUUUCUCUGCCGGAGCAAUGUCAAAACAAUAUGCUUUUAAAUACGAAAACUUUUCUAACAUGAACAAAAUGCAUUCGUACGACCAAAGGCGUUCGUAAUAUACACAAACAUUUAUUGAAAUAAACGAAUCAUUUUGUUUCAUUCACGAAAAAUAAUGUCGUUAUCAACGAUAACAUUCCUGCAAUGUACACUAAAUAUGUAAAAUUUACGAAAACUUUCGUUCUUCAAGCGGCCAUCUUUCUAAUCCUCAAUAGAGAAGAUUGAAAUACAAUCGAUUUUGCCAGAUCGAUCCUUUUAGUUAGUUAAAAAGUCGUUUUUGACAAAAAUCGAUCCUAAAAUAUCGAUUGAAAAAAUAAUAUGCUAAUGAAUACGAAAACUUUCCUAAGAUGAACGAAAUAAAUUCGUGUGAGCAAUGAAAUCGUUCGAAAUAUACAUAAACGUUCAUUCGAAUAAACGAAACAUUUCGUUGCAUUCACGAAAAAUAAUGUCGUUCUCAAUGAUAACAUUCGUGCAAUGUAAACUAAAUAAGUAAAAUUUACGAAAACUUUCGUUCAUCAAGCGUACAAUUUCUUCGUACCACAAUAGAAUCGAUUUGGCCACAUCGAUUUUUUUAAAUCAAAAAAAAAAUCGAUGUUGUCAAAGAUCGAUCCCAAAAGAUCGACUGAAAACAAUAAGAGGCUAAUAUAUACGAAAACCUUUCUAAAAUAAACGAAAAGAAUUCGUGCCACCAGCGUAAUAUACACAAACGCUUAUUAAAAUAAACAAAAUAUUUCGUUUCAUUCACGAAAAAUAAUGUCAUUAUCAACGAUAAUAUUCGUGCAGUGUACAUUAAAUGUGUAAAAUUUACGAAAGCUUUCGUUCACCAAGCAUGCAUUCUUGUUCAUGAAAUGAACGAAACCUACUAUUUGCAACGCACGAAAAUACUUCGUUGCAGAAAACAACGAAUGAAUUCGUGCAUUGCAUGAUCGAUUUCAUUAUAUUUACGAAUUUAUAUUAUCAGUGCAGAUGGUCGAAUUUGGGAAUCUUUGAAAUCAAUCGCUAUUAUUUAAAGUCUAAGUGCGCGAAUCGUCACAAGGUUCGUUCAUUUUGUUCGUAUUGCUUUCUGCCGAAAUAUAAAUAACGGUGCUUUGCAAUAUUGUCUUUUUUUGAACGAAUUGUUGGUGACGUAAAUUUUUGUUAUAUAUUGCAACAGACGUUUUGUUCAUUCAAUUAUUAUGACCAGUUCGGGGAGACAUAGAAAGCGAACUGGUAAUAGCAACAGUAUCCCUAUUCAAUUGGUAGAAGGUUCACUAAAGAAAAGUUAGAUGUGGGCUUACUACAAGAGCCCUGGAUAAAUAGCGGAAGUAUUCGAGGAAUUGAUAACAAAAUAGGAAAACUGUUAUACGAUGACUGUCAUCCUAACCCGACGGCAGCAAUUUUGGUAAGUAACAAGGUCAAAUUCAGUUCCAAUUGAAAUGAAUGUUCCGACUGCUAGGGGAAACAAAGAAGUAUACAUUGCUUCAGCAUAUUUCCCAGGAGACGUUGGUGAAGUGUCUCCGUCUCAAGUUAUGGCAUUUAUUUCGUAUUGCAAAAAAAACAAACAUUUUAUACUGGGUUGUGAUGCAAAUGCCCAUCAUACUGUAUGGGGUAGUACCGACAUCAACGACAGGGGGAGGAUCUCCUGAACUAUAUAACAUCUAAUAAUAUUAUUAACAUAACAUUAACAUUAAUAACAUUUGUCACGGCAGCACGACAAGAAGUGCUAGAUCUCACGUUAUGUAGCGAUAUAGUUUCAGAAAACAUUGAUAAAUGGAUUGUGUCAGAUGAAGAAUCGUUGUCCGAUCAUAAACAAAUCAGGUUUGAGUAUAAAGCCGGAAAAAUUAUAUCUGAAAAAUACAGAGACCCAAGCAAAACAAAAUGGCACCUUUAUCGUUUUCAUCUCAGCAAUCAUACCUUCAUUCAAAGUAGCGAAAUCAAAACUGCUGAGCAAUUAGAACAUGCUUCAAACCAAAUUAUAAAGAAUGUUGUGGAUUCCUACAAAGCCAGUUGUCCUAUAAGAAAGCAAUUUCCAAAAAAAGAUGUUUCUUGGUGGAAUAAAGACCUAUCAGUAUUAAGAAAACCUAUUUUAAUCCACCUAGCGGUGCAAUUGUGCCUUUCUCAAUCAUGAAUCACGAGAAUGUGUGCGUUGUUUAUAUUCAUUAAAAGCUUUUAAAUGCAUAUAUUACAUUUUAUUAUUAUACAUCACAUGACAACUAUAUACAGGAAAAUAAAUCAUUAUUCGAGUUCUAAAAUUUUGAAAAAGAAAAAAACAGCCACGGUAAUAUUGAACUGAAAUACCUUUCUAUUGAGAAAGGCAAAAAGGUGCGAAAUCGUCAAAGUCCCAAAAAGUCGAUUUUUAUAAAAAAAUAAUUUUCGAGAUAACAUAAAAUCUCGAUGUUUCAUGCAUUUUAAAGAUGUUUGGCAUCAAAAAUACGAAUUCGAUUUCUGAAAUUUCAUGAGGUCCCCCCUUUGAAAAAAAAAUUUGAGUUCCGGCUUAUAUGGGAAUUUCAUAUGUGACCGGACGGUUUAGUCUAUAUGUCCAGAACCAUAUAAGCUAUCCGUACGAAAUUUUAUAGACAUCUAUGGGGAUAUUAUAGCUAUCAUUUGGGACUAAGUUUG